AUGAAUUUUAUUGUAACCAUCAAAACCAUCGCCAAGACAGUGGGGAACGAGGUGGAUGAGGAAACAGGUUAUAUCCCAGUGAUAUGCGUCAUCGCACGAAGCAAAGAAAGAGAUAUUAAGGCGGCUUGGGAAUCAGUGAAGUACGCAAAGAGGCCGAGGAUACUCGUAUUCACUUCCACUAGUGACAUUCACAUGAAAUAUAAGCUGAAAAUGACUAGAGAAGAAGUCGUCGAGAUAACAAAAAGUAGCAUUAGGUUUGCUAAAAGUUUAGGCUUCAAAGACAUCGAAUUUGGUUGUGAAGAUAGUGGCAGGUCCGAUAAGGAUUAUAUAUGCAAGGUUUUUGAAGAAGCGAUCAAAGCGGGUGCAACCACGGUGGCCUUCGCGGACACGGUGGGGAUCAACAUGCCGCAAGAAUACGGAGAACUUGUGAGAUAUGUCAAAGCAAACACUCCUGGAAUUGAUGAUGCUAUCUUCAGCGUUCAUUGUCACAAUGACCUUGGUGUUGCUACCGCCAAUACAAUAGCCGGUGUAUGUGCUGGAACACGUCAAGUCGAAGUAACAAUCAAUGGAAUAGGUGAAAGAAGUGGAAAUGCACCACUUGAAGAGGUCGUGAUGGCUUUGAAAUGUCGAGGAGCAUACCUGAUGGGUGAUGUUUACACAAGAAUAGACAGACGCCAAAUUAUGGCUACUAGCAAGAUGGUUCAAGAAUACACUGGCUUGUAUGUUCAACCCCACAAGCCUAUAGUUGGAACCAACUGUUUUCUUCAUGAGAGCGGCAUUCACCAGGAUGGGAUAUUGAAAAAUCGGAGUACAUAUGAGAUCUUAUCACCAGAAGACGUAGGAGUUGUAAAAUCUCAAAAUUCAGGCAUUGUUCUUGGAAAGCUUAGUGGAAGUCAUGCGGUGAAAGGUCGUCUGAAAGAGUUGGGAUAUGAAAUCGAUGAUGAGAAAUUGAACGAGGUUUUCUCACGGUUCAGAGAUCUAACCAAGCAGGAAAAGAGAAUCACGGAUGAUGAUCUCAAGGCAUUAGUAACGCUGUGUGGUGAUGAAAUCUUCUCCUCAGAGAAGUUAAACGGCAAAGAAAUCAACAGUAAAGGCUAUAUUGCACCAGACCCUCAGAUUUCCUCAGCGGUAUAA